ACGUAAACGCAAUAUUGUAACUCGAAUGAGUAAUGUUCUCAUUAUAUGUGCCUUCAAAUGUUUCGUUCUGUAGAGUGAUAACUCUGUAAAGUAAUCUAGUUUUAAAGUUAACAGUAUUAUUAAUUCGUAUAUUCAUAUAAUAUGUCUUUCAGUCCGAACUUUUUUAUUGUGAUAUUAACACUUUGUCUCAUUCAUGAUGUGUGGCCUAGUUGUGUUUUCCAGGAUGGUAAAUACGAUCUGUCGGCUUUAGAUUGGCCUGCUGGGUGGCCAGUAUCUGGACCAGAGAUAAAUGGAACUUCUACUUACUAUGAAAUAAGUAUAUGUCGUCCUCUCAAUUAUACUUCACCUUCUCUCAGCAAAGGGUGUCCAAAAAGUUCUAUCUGUCAAAUUUCAGGUGAAAAAGCAGUUAGUUUUGGAAAGGCCAUUGAAAAACCUUCGGAUUAUGCAAUUGCUGAUAAUGUUGGUAGUGGAUUUUCUCUUUAUGUUCUGACAAGGGAAUUGUGUGGAUCAAGUGGAGUAUAUCGGGCUACCAUAAAUUUUGCAUGUGGCCCAAAUCUAGGAGCACCAGAGCUUAUAUUAUGGAGUGACUGCCAAGUGAAUUUUUUCUGGAGAACUUCAGCUGCUUGUAUCAAUAAACCCAAAAUUCAUCAGGUUCCUUGCUAUGUCAUUGACAAAGAAGGGAAUAAGCGAGAUUUGUCUCAGCUGAUUUUAAGGAAAGGAAGCUAUCCUGUAGAAACUGCAGAUCCAAGUAUUAAUUUUACAAUCAACGUUUGUUCUGAGAUACUUGAUGAUGAAGGAAACACAAGUUGUGGCUCAAAUUCCUCUGCAUGUAGGGUUGUUGGAGAUGAAUAUUUGUCUUUUGGAAAACCACAGGGGCGCCUUCAGUACACUCAGGAAGGAUUAGUACUAUCUUAUUCAACAGAUCAAUUAUAUUCAGAACCACCAAAAGGAUGUAAUCUCAAGCCGAAGACAACUAUUUAUUUUAACUGCCCUCGCAGAGAUUAUAGCCAGCCACCCAUCCUGUUAUCUGAUUUAAACUGUCAGUAUGAGAUAAAAUGGGAUACUGAAUAUGCCUGCCCUGAAAACUUAUUAAAAGGGAGUUUGAAAACUUGUCAAUUUACUGCAGAAUCUCAUGGAGUUGAAAUAGAUUUGAGCCCUUUGAAAAAGAAGCCCAUUUUAAAUAUUCCAAGUAGAUAUGGGAAUUCCACAUUUGCUUUAAGUGUUUGUGGUGGGCUCGGAAAUUUUACUUGCAGUGGUAAAAAUUGGAAGUCAACAUCCGUUUGUGCAAAUGAGACGGCAAAUUCAUCCAUGAUAAUAGGUACCACUGAUGGAUCACGUCUUGUAUAUGCAGAUGGUGUAGUGAUUUUAACUUAUCCUGGACGACAAUCAUGUAAUAAUGAUACAGAUCAUUCAACUGUAGUAAGCUUUGUUUGUGAUCCUGAUGCCAGUAAUGAUGGUGAGGGGGAGCCUAAACAUGUGUCCUCAGAUCACUGCAUUCAUAUGUUUGAAUGGAAAACAAAAUACGUAUGCUUGAAACGUUCACUAGACAUUGCUUGCUCAGUCACUUUUAAAAAUAAAACAGUCAAUCUUAGAAAAUUAUCAUUAGUGGUUGGAGAAGCAUGGGAAGCUAUUGAUCGAAGAAAUAUGGAUCAUAAGGAUAAUGCUGAGUAUUACAUAAAUAUUUGUGGUCGGGUGGCACACUUAGGUAAUUUAAGUAGUUGCGGUGAAGGUUCUUCUGCUUGUGUUUUGGACAGUGAUGGUAAAUAUUUGAAUUUAGGUAACUUUACUUCACCACCAGUUUAUGAUAAAAUUUCAGAUUCAAUCAGGUUGACUUACACUGGUGGAAGUCCUUGUAAAGAUGGAAAACAGUGGAAGUCAACUAUUGAUUUUAUUUGCCGAUCUGGACACAUUAAUUCUGAACCAGUGUUGGUACAUAUAGAUGACUCAGAAUGCCAGUAUAAAUUUGAAUGGCACACUGCUGAAGCUUGCCCUGAAGGCUUGGUUAAGGGUGCCAACUGUAAAAUACAUGAUGAUAAUUUAGGCAUUAAUUAUGAUUUAACACCUUUUAAAAAUAAAGUGUAUGAAGUUGACAGUGAGUCUUACAAAUUCUAUAUUGGUAUUUGUGAACCUGUCAUGAAUUCAUCAUGUUCAUUAAAUCAGAAUUCUUCUCAGAAUGUGGGUAUUUGCCGAGAAGAUAAAAUAAAUCAUACAUCAGUAAAGAUUGGGGAGUCAAGUUCUGAUUUAUCAUAUUUGGAUGGGGUUGUUACUUUAAAUUAUUUACUAGUUGAUCCAUUAAAUAAAACGACUCACGUUGCUAUAAUAGUAUUCAUUUGUGAUUAUGAUGCUGGAAAUGGAAGUCCUCGUUUUGCUGAAGAACUGAAGUUUGGAUAUGUUUUUCAUUGGUAUACUAGCUUAGUUUGCUCAAAUUCUGUUUCGACUGAAUGUGUGGUUCAUGAUCCAUUUUCGCAUCUAAUUUAUGAUCUGUCAGGAUUAUCUAUAUCUGAGAAGAAUUGGGUAGCUGUUGUAAAUGAAGAUAAUAAAGAAAGGAAGAUUUAUUUGAAUAUUUGUCGCCCUCUUGCUCAGCCAUUAAUUUGUGAUUCAAAUGCUGCUGCAUGUAUGGUUGAAAAGGUUGAUGAGAAAGAGAAGGUUGUUAUAUCUGACUUGGGACAUGCAGUUAGUCCUCCGGUUUUAGAUAGUCCUGGUCACCUUACUCUUAAGUACACUAAUGGAAACCCUUGUGUUGCAUAUGGUGAAAAUAUUACUUAUUCAACAGUAAUACAUUUUCUUUGUGCAGAAGAUAAAAUGCGAAAAAAUGGUCUACGAUUUUUAAGUAAAGUUGGUGCAUGCGAAUAUGCUUUCUUGUGGACUACCAAAGCUGCUUGUCCGACUGGUGUUUUGCAAUCUGUUGAAAGUUGCCAGCUAACUGAUCCUGAUUCUGGUUUUACUUUUGAUUUGACUCCUCUUUGGAAGUCUGCUGAACCAUAUACAGUAACCGUGUCACCUUCUAGUACUUUCCAGCUUAAUAUAUGCGGUAAAGUUGUAUCUGGGUGCUUCACUCCUGAUGGAAAACAGUCAUCUAAAAAUGUUAGUGUGUGUGAAACUGAUUUGGAAGACAAAUUAGUAGCUAACAUUGCUGUAUCAGAUUCAUAUUUACUUAGCUAUUCUACCGGAAGAGAUUUGUCAAUUACCUACAAAUCUUUUGAUGAUCUGAAGGAGGAGGUGAUAAUCAAAUUCCCAUGCUCUAAUACAACAGCAGAUCCGAAUCCAAAAUUUGUAAGCCAUGAGAAUAAACAAUAUAUUUUUGAGAUGAAAACGUCUUUGACUUGCAUCCCAGCACACUUUGACUGCAAUGUGAUUGAUCAGUAUGGAAAUGAAUAUGAUUUAAGUCCUCUUGCAAAAUAUAGUGAUGGGAAUUGGGAGGUUGCAGACAACAGACCAAACUAUUCACAUUUAAGAUAUCAUAUAAAUUUCUGUCGACCAUUGAACAAAGUUGUUGAUUAUAAAUGUCCUGGUGGCUCUUCAGGAGCUUGUCAGACUAAUGUUUUGCAGAAUGAAAAUGUAGGUCGUGAUCUUGGUUCGCAAAUGAAUGAACCCGUAGUGAAUAAUAAGGGUACUGUAGUUCUUCGUUAUACAGAUGGCUCUUACUGUCAUAAUGGUCAGUUCAAGCGUAGUACAACUGUAAAUUUGUUCUGUUCUGGAGAACAAGAAGAUCUAAAAUUUAUCGGAGAAACCCCAGAAUGUGAAUAUAUUUUCUCCUUAGCAACUCCUGUUGCAUGUCCUAUUCAAAGCAGUUUUGGUAGUGCUUGCACAGUUAAAGAUCCAUUCUUUGGAUAUAUUUUUGAUUUAAACCCUCUAAAAAGUAAAAAUAAUAAUUAUAAUGUAACGGUUGAUGAUUAUAACUUCUAUUUCAAUGUUUGUGAUAAAUUGAAUGGCUUUGAGAAUGCAUGUAUUAAUUCAAGUGCUUGCCAAACAAAACCUAAAGAAGCUUCAUUUUCAAAAAGUCUUGGUCUGCCAAAUGAUCGUCUUAUUUAUCGAAAUGGAUUAAUCACUCUUGAAUAUAAAUCGGGCACAGGCAGUUGCCAUGGAAAAUAUAAUCGCUCUGCAAGAAUUACCUUUACUUGCCAUCAUGCCCUUGAAGAUAAAGAUGGACCAUACUUUGUGUCAGAAGCUGAAGAUUGUACAUAUUUAUUUGAAUGGCCUACUGUACAUGCAUGCCCACCAUUCGAUGUCAUAGAAUGUUCUGUUAUAGGUGACAAUGGUGCAUAUUAUGACUUAAGCCGAUUAUCUCUACCUAAUGAGAAUUAUUAUGUUAAACAUCCUAUGUAUGAAAAAAAUUUUGUCAUUAAUGUGUGCCGUAGUGUGGUACAUACACCAGAUUCUGUUUGUCCUUAUACUUCUGCAUCCUGUAUAGUUGAUGUUUCAAACCAUCCUGUCGAUGAACCAGUAAAUCUUGGUAGAGUUGGUCAAGGUCCGUAUAUAGAUAAUGGUAAGUUAAAAAUAAAUUACACUUCAGGAGAUCCUUGUGAUGUAGAAGGAACAGAAACUGCAAGAUUCAUGCAAACAGUUAUUGAAUUUAUCUGUGAUCGCAAAAGCAUAGAUAGUAAGCCAGAAUUUGUAGGAAGAGAUGGGUGUACUUAUUAUUUUGAUUGGCAUACAGUAUAUGCUUGUGAAAGUGAACCCAUAAAGACUAUUGGUGAUUGCACAGCUGAAGACCCUCUAACUGGGUAUUUGUUUAAUCUUUCAUCGCUAAGAAGUCAUGGAUUAUUCAAAUAUCAAAAAGGUAAUCACCAAUAUUAUGUCAGUGUAUGUGGUAAUGAUGAUUCUAGUCCAUGUGGUGCCGAUUCUGGUAUGUGUCAGGAAGAAUUAAUUGGAGCAAAGCGUCACUGGAGUGGUGGAAAGCCUAACAACCACUUGGUAUACAAUAAUGGAAUUAUAUUUUUGAAUUACAGUGAUGGCGAUCCAUGCCAUAAUGGUCGUUUUACACGUAAUACGUUGAUAGAAUUUCAUUGUGGAAAUGGAAUAGGUGAGCCAAAAUUUUUAUAUGAAUCCCAUGAUUGUACUUAUUUUUUUAGCUGGAAAACUGAACUUGCUUGUCAAUCACUGUUACAUUGUGCUGUAAAAAAUGGUAGCCAGUAUUAUGAUCUCACAAGCAUAGCAGGUACAUUUCAUCUUGCUGCAUCUAGUAUUUUGAAUGACAAUGCAUCAUAUUUCAUAAGUGUCUGUAACUCAUUACAAAAACUGCCAGAAGUUUCAUGUCCUCCAGGGGCUGGAAUUUGUAAAGUUCAGAUGGCUUUGCAGAAAGUUUAGGGAGAGUUGAGUAUCCACCUUUUGUUGAUUUCAUGGGCCAUGCCACAGCAAUUUAUACUAAUGGAUCCACCUGUCUGAAAAAUUCUAACUUUCAAAAUCGUGCAAGGAUUAUAUUUGUGUGUGAUAGUGAA